AUGUAUUCAAGAAUUAUUAGAAAAAAUUUGCUAAAGUUGAAUGCAACAAGGAAAGUGCAAAUGAUCUCCUUGAGUAAAACUACUGCGGCUACUACCGAAGAUGACCUUGAAGACGAGAAAAAGAAAUUUUCAAAACGUAAACUGUUUGGUCCUGAUCUACCACAUGGGGUAUGCGACGUCAAGGAUGCAAAAUAUGUUGCGGAGAUGCUUUUAACUGGUGAAAGAAAGCUAGUAUUUGAUGCUUUGAGAAAGAAAAUGGCUGACCAGUAUCUUGAGCACUACCGAUUAGGACAAGCUGAAAUUCAUCCUGAUGAUCUCGCCAAAAUAUGGUAUUUGUCGCUCAGCUCCUCUUUUGUGUACGGAGUUCUCGACACAUCUUUGCUCAUAUUCGUAUCAGAAGGCAUUGAUAGGACGUUCUCCACAGUUUAUGGACUUUCCAUUAUGGCAGCUGCCGCAAUUGGCAACAUUGUGACAAAUGUUGUGCUACUGCAAGCUCAAAUUCACUUUGGGCAUGUCGCCGAACAAUUUGGGCUCAAAUUUCCUGUGUUGUCAACAGAGCAAAUGCACAACAAGGAUAUAUCAAUCGUAAAAAAUUUCGCUAAAACUCUGGGAAUGCUGCUGGGCUGUUUCUGCGGAAUGUUUCCAUUGGCCUUCAAGACUAGAUUAACGCAAGAUGAGCUUGAAAGAAAAGAAAAAGCGCAAGCUAUUCUAAGUGAGAUAGUUGAAUACCCUCUUCACGAAAUGAUGCAAACGGUAGAUAAGAAGAUAGACGAACAGAGAAAAGCUGAAGAAGAGGAAAUGUUGAAAAGCUCCCAAAAUAUGCUCGCACAAAUUGCAUCAAGUGUGAUCGAAUUUUUCACGACAAGCGCAGAGUGA